AAAACAAAAAGCUUCAUUUUUAUGAGUGACAGAAAAGAAGUCAUGGCGAGGGGCGUUACUGGAAAAGAGGAUUUGAAGAGUGGGAAAAGAAGUGAACACUAACCUGACCAGAAACUGUGCAUUUAUGUAACUCGAGGGAGAACAGUGCCGACUUCUUUCCACGGCGGCCAGGGAUUGCUGACAAGUGGUUUUGAUUACUCCGAAAAACGGGGGGGAGGGAGCGCUAGAAGAACACAGGAGCUUUGCCAGCCCGGAUCUAAAUGGUCAGAGUCGGAGAUCCAGGUGUCUGUUUCCUUCUCACGGGAAUUGAGCUGGGAGCCGGCCAGCGUCUGGGGUCGGCGGCGCUUUGCUGCUGCUGCGCCACUUCGGCUUGACGACUCGUUUUUUCCUCUCCCUCUUGCUGACCGAAGUGGAAGCCGUGCCGAUCGGAGGCGGGGGGCAUCGCUGCGGCCGUGUCCCGGAAUGCUGACCUGCUGCACAGGUGCGUCGCCGGCGGACUCGGAUGUGCCGGCCCAUGAAGCACAAGGUCAUUGAUCUCUGAGUAACAUGAUCAGUGCACAGCGGAAUCUGAUUGGUCAGAGCCCGUGUCACUCAACGUUGACCCACGGGCUCACCCUCCUGUCACUGUGGUGUGCGCUUUGUCUGCUCCCGCCCACAGAAGUGAGCGCAGGUCUGUGCCGGGUGUCCGGUGGAGUUCUGGGGAUUCACUGGAGCAGCGUGAUUGGGCUCGGAUGGCGCCCCCUGGCAGUGGGGAGGGGCAGUGCACGAUGUUGGGAGUUGUGCUGCCUGGACCCUGCGUGUGGCGCCGUGUGGACAAUGCAUGGGCACUGUGUGCAGCUGAGCUGCGCUAACCCUGGGGGGUGCACCGUCACUGCGUUUGCGCGGUCAGACACGCCAUCGCAGGGGCUCCUCCAGCAGGUAGAAAAAGGCAGCUCGGGGAGGAGGAGGUGGCCGCGGGUGCCCGUAGGCCAGCCUCCACCUGGCCUGGAGACGGCCAGAACUGCUACCUCAGUGACCACAGCCAAUGGUGUGGCUCUGCCUCAACUAGCCAAUAGGACGCAGAGUCUGUUGACUAAUGCAAGCACCGAUGCAAUGGCUCUACAUCUCGAGCACCAUAACGCCAACGUAUCGGCAGGGACUGUCGCCAGCGGCCUGGCUAAUGGCAGUGCCAGUCUGCCAUCCGUAGCCCCGACAAUCUCCAUCCCUACCCCGCCAACUACAGCUGUCCGGGAGCUGGUGGUGUCAGCAGGCAAAAGUGUGGAGGUCACGCUGCCACUCAGCGAGGUGGAGCUCUAUGCUUUCGUCCUGCCGGCGCCCCCUGAUGGCACAGACUACACAUUCGACUGGCGUUUGAUCACUCACCCCCUGGAUUACAGCGGUGAGAUGGAGGGCAAGCACAGCAAGACUCUCAAGUUGAGCAAGCUGACUGUGGGGUUUUAUGAGUUCGAGGUUCUGGUGGACGGAGUGGGGGCGCAUGGAGAGGGUUAUGUCAACGUCACUGUCAAACCAGAGCCGCGGGUAAACAAGCCACCUGUUGCCAUGGUUUCCCCGAGGUUCCAGGAGAUCUCCUUGCCAACCAGCUCCACGGUGAUAGACGGCAGUCGUAGCACUGAUGACGAUAAGAUUGUGGCCUGGCACUGGGAGGAGGUGAAGGGGCCCCUGCGGGAUGAGAAGGUCUCCGCCGACACCCCCAUCCUCACCCUCACCAGCCUGGUGCCCGGAAACUACACCUUCAGGCUUACGGUGAUAGAUUCUGAUGGUGCCCAGAGCUCCACGCAAGCAACGCUGUUGGUCAACAAGGCCAUGGACUAUCCCCCAGUGGCCAACGCAGGCCCCAACCAAGUGAUCACGCUGCCCCACAACUCCAUCACUCUCUACGGCAACCAGAGUACCGACGACCACGACCCUCUGGCCUACCAGUGGUCCCUCACCCCUGAGAGCAAGGGAAAGGUGGUGGAGAUGCAGGGAGUGCUGACCCCCACGCUGCAGCUCUCUGCCAUGCAGGAAGGGGACUACACCUUCCAGCUCACUGUCACCGAUUCGGCGGGACAGCAGGACACGGCCCAGGUCACCGUCAUCGUGCAGCCCGAAAAUAACAAGCCCCCCACAGCCAACGCUGGCCCCGAGAAGGAGCUCACUCUGCCCGUGGACCACACCACCCUGGACGGCAGCAAAAGCAGCGACGACCAGAAGAUUGUCGCCUACCACUGGAUCCAGAGCAAGGGCCCCGAGGGAGUCAAGAUCGAGAAUGCAGACAGUGUGGUUGCUACGGUGACAGGUCUGAAUGGUGGAGAGUAUGUGUUCAGCCUGACUGUGACGGACGAGCGCAAUCUGCAGAGCACGGACACCGUCAGAGUCAUGGUCAAAGAGGAGCUGGAUCAGCCUCCUGUGGCCCGGGUUCUGUCCAGCCCGCCCAUCUUCCUCCCUGUUCGGACUGCAGCACUCGAUGGGUCACACUCCUCGGACGAUAAGGGGACCAUCAGUUACUUUUGGACCCGGGAGGAGAACAGCCCUGCAGCAGGGGACGUGCUGAAUAACUCCGACCACCAGGCCGUGCUGCUGCUCGGUAACCUGGUGGAGGGGAAGUACAGUUUCAUGCUGACGGUCACGGACAGCAAAGGCCAGAGCAACAUGGACCGUGGCACCGUGGAGGUGCGGCCAGAUAAGUGGGAGCGGGACCUGGUGGAGCUAGUUCUGGAAGUGGGCGUCCCACAUGUGUCUCACCGGCAGCAGGACAUGCUUCUGCGGCAGGUGGGGGUUCUGCUCGGCGUGCUUGACAGUGACAUCGUCGUCCGUGAAAUCAGCGCCUUCAAUGAGCACAGCACCCGUAUCGUGUUUUUGGUCUUUGGUGGACCGGGGCGCCCCCCUCUGUCUGGGCAAGAUGUUGCUUUGGCUCUGCGCAACAAAUUGCGCAAACAGAAGAAUGAUUUCCUGAUCUUCAAGGCCCGACGGGUGGACACUGUCAUUUGCCAGCUGAACUGCUCCGGUCAUGGGGAGUGUGACUCAUUCACCCGCCGCUGUGUCUGCCACCCCUUCUGGAUGGAGAACUUCAUCUGGGUGCAGCUGGGAGACGCAGAGAGUAACUGUGAAUGGAGUGUGCUUUAUGUAACCAUAGCGUCCUUCAUGAUAGUGGUCGCCAUGGGAACGCUCAUCUGGGGAGUUGUGUGUUGUUGCCGCAGGCGCAAGAGCCGCUUGCGUAGAAAGAGCCGGUAUAAGAUGCUGGAAGCCGAUGAGCAGGACAGUCUGGAGCUGCAGCUACCUCGAGCUGGCCGGUUGAAGCCGCUGGCCCCUCCUGUCUCAUCCGCACUCAUGCACUCGGACUCGGACCUGGACAGCGAUGACGGGCAAGCCAGCACCACCUGGUCCGAGCGGGAGAGGGGCCACCUGCUGAAGCACCAAAACGGGGCCCUGAGGAAUGGCCAGGGGCCCCUGAGAGCCAAGAAGCAGAGGGAAGAACUGUUAUAGCGAUCGUGCUGGGGGGGGGGGGGGGACUUAAAUGCUGACCCUGUGACCUCUGGCAGGAAAUGACACGUGAACUGUCACGCUCUGCUGUAAGUGAUCCCAUGCACAUGCUCCCCAUCAUUCCCACUGAGCCAAGAUGGAACUAGUGACUCCAACACACCCAACCUGGAAUGGAGGUGGGGGAGGCAUAAUGCCAGAUGGACACCGGAGGGCGACAUCAUGCCAGCACUCCCCGGCCCUGUCCAUAGCACCACGCACCCCGGAAUGCCUGAGACACUCCUUCCUUCCCCUGCUGAAGAGACUCCCCUGUAUCAUCAACUGUUCUAUCCAUGCAGUGCACCCCCUCACCCCCAUCGCAAUAACGCAUAGGAUGGGCUCAUUGUGAAUCCCAGAGCCAGUAAACCCAGCCUGUGUAUGAAUGUGGCGUGUGAAGCUCCCCCUGCAUGCGUCUCAGCAAAGAUGUGCAAUAUACUCGAUGACACUGAACCGCCCGGCGGAACAGCAGCCGUGAGCAGCAGGAGCUGCUCUUCUCUGUAGACUUGGCUUGUAGCUCACACUGGAUGAAGACACUGGACACAUGACUGCAGACACUGACACUAAUUGUCCUUUGGGACACGUCCUGGAGCGGCCGCCUCUGGAACCUGAGACUGAAGGCUGGCUCGGGUCCCUUUCAGCGACAUCCUUUUUAAAACUCCGUUCAGGGGCCCCCCCUGUUUCGAUGCACUUUGUCGUUCUCGAUGUUGCUCUGUCCACCUGACUGCCGCGAUCUCGCUGACUGCUGCUCCAUCCAGUCCACCUGCCGGUACAGCGCAGCGCAGUCAAUUCUAGAAUGUUCCCCGUGUUGUGACAGUAGCUAACUAGCAAGUAAGGAUACAGACAUACUGUUGUACCUCUGAGUGAGGUACAUCGCCUGCGUUAGCCCACUGUACAAAGAGGGCAAUUCCUAGAUUGCCUUGGAUGCAGUUUGCUGGGUGCACUGACACAGCACUGUUGUGUGUGAAGGAUUUGGUUUCCACUCUGUUUGUUUACUGUGAUUAUUUAGGUGCUCCCUGCCUGUGCAGUCUGCCCAUGUCUGAGCUGGGCACCCAUUCAAAACAAAUCGGAUACCUUUCCCAUACUGGGUGUGUGAGGGUCUAUGUGUUGAAAUACAGCUCCAGGGCAUUGUGGGAAAUGGGACUCCACUGCCUUGGCAGCCAGGAGGUGCCUGUUUGCAUUUUUUACAGUCUACUUUUAAUGUUCUGACUUCUUGUUUUAGCUGAAGGAUUUCCUUCAUUCUGUGACUGGGUCUGUAAAUUUAAAGAGGGGAAUAUUUAAGUCUGUCUCUGAUCUUAGUUUAUUCUGCACCUGCAGUUAAUUUGUAUGUUUGUUAAGAGCUCCCAGUGCAGGACGGGAGGUAGAAUAGGGAAAUGGCAAUUUCCAGUGCACCUGAUUUGCUGGGGCACUUUUAGUGCUCAGUUAUUGCAGUGUCACUGGCGUCAUGUUACACACUAGACAGCAUGAGGGUGUGAAACAAGCCCUUUGUCUCAGGUUAAAUAACUUUGUUGACGAACCUUUGUAAGCAGGAGAUGCCAUCUCUGAGGUCAUCUCAGUUGCUCCCGGAAACCGCAUCCAAGUGAUUAACUUGAGGAAUAUUGUAUGUGUGGUGUUGGAUAACCUGAAGAAAUGACCACUGACAAAAUAAUAAACAUUUAGUUAUUUCAACAA